AUGUGCUACUUUGACCAAACUCGCUGGGCAUGCGGCUACUGGCGCUGGGGGCACUUCCGUCAGCAGUGCAACAAAGAAUACCGCAUGGGCGAAACUUGCGGCCUGAAGCUUGUCUACGAAACCAGGACCGAAAGAGACGUUUGCAAGCUCUGCCACGACACGGAGAAGAAGCAGCGCAGGUAUGACAAGAUGUAUCGUGACGUUCAGCGCUGGCAGAGGGAGGGCAACCGAAAUGCCACCAUUGAACGAACGUGUGCUGAGAUGCAAGAAGUCCUUGGUCAGAUCUAUCGUAUGAGAGAAGAGCAUGAUCACAGACUACAAUCCCUUGGCCAGGGAUACCAGGACAUCUAUAAUGACGAUUAUGACAACCUUGUUUUAUGUUUGGGCGGACGAGAAACGAAAAAUGUUGCGGUCGAUGCCGAAAGAAGGAGCUCGGCCAAGAAGGGAUGA